GUUCUUUGAAGGAGGGUUUUUUAUUAUUAUUAUUAUUAUUAUUCCAGAUGCAGGUCUGUCGACAGGAUCAGCUGUUGAUACAAGGUGUUGAACAUGGUGACGACAGAAAAAAGAAAAAAGAAACGAAAAGAUUACUAUAUACAGCGAGCGUUUACUAUCGCUUACAUCGAAAGCAAAAUAAAGAGACAUAGACUAUAUAUUAUGUUACAGAAUAAAAGUACAGGGUUAUACAUAGCGAAAGAAAAGCAAAGAAAGGCAAAGCAAAGCAAAGCAACGCAAAACAAAGGCAUAGAGAAAAAGAAAAACUGAAGAGGGGAUGGGAUGGGAGGAGGGGGAGGGAAGGAGGGAGGGGGCGCAUUUG